GGCUAAAUACCGAAUGUCAUUGCCAGCUAGAUUUUAAGCUGAUUUAAAAAGUAAUUUAAACUUCAAAAAUUGUUUAUGGCGCGUGGUUGUGAUGUGCCGAAGGAAGGAUUUGCGAAUUUUUUUGGAAUAAAUUCGCUUGCAGUGGCAGUGUAGUGUUUAAUAAUUUUUCAAGUAUUAAUGUCGUGACAGUGGAUAAAAAUGCAGUUCUAUAAAGAGAGAAUUCUCAACGCUGCACAGUUAAAAAGACUGAGUGAACACAAGUAUUCGUGUGUUAGUGCUAGUUUAUUGGAUGCAUGGCUCCAGCCAUGGUGGUGCUGGUUGGUGUCCAAAACGCCGCUGUGGCUCGCUCCGAAUCUCAUUACUAUUUUAGGUCUAAUAGUCAACAUAGUUACCACAUUAAUUUUAGUAUGGUAUAGUCCCGACGCGCGUCAAGACCCGCCUCGCUGGGCGUGCGCCCUGUGCGCUCUCGGAGUGUUCGUAUACCAGAGCCUGGACGCCAUCGACGGCAAGCAGGCGCGCCGCACUGGCAGCCAGUCUCCGCUGGGAGAACUCUUCGACCACGGCUGCGACAGCAUAUCGACGGUGUUCAUCGCGCUCGGCGCCUGCAUCGCGGUCAAGCUUGGCGAGUACCCGACAUGGAUGUUCUUCCAGUGCUUCUGCGCGAUGACGCUGUUUUACUGCGCGCACUGGCAGGCCUACGUCACGGGCACGCUGAAGAUGGGCCGCAUUGACGUCACCGAGGCGCAGUAUUCCAUCAUCGCCAUCCACCUCAUCUCCGCGACCCUCGGGCCAGACUUCUGGGCCAUGCAGAUCCCAGUGCUGGGAGUGCCGCUGUGCCUGGGCGCGAGCCUGAUGUGCUACGCCGCCCAGUUUUACUUUGUCACCAACUUCUCCUCCACCUUCCGCGUUAGGGGCUGCGGCAAAAACGGAUCCACAGUGGCCGGAACGAGCAUCCUCUCGCCGGUGAUUCCGUUUUCGUUCGUGGUGGUGCCGGCGUUCAUCAUCUUCCAGAAGAGUGAGUCGCAAGUGUACGAGAACCACCCCGCUUUGUACAUCUUGGCCUUCGGUAUGGUCGCUGCCAAAGUCACCAACAGAUUAGUGGUGGCUCACAUGACCAAGAGCGAGAUGGAGUACUACGACUGGUCGCUGCUGGGCCCGGCCAUGCUGUUCCUCAACCAGUACUUCAACAACGCGAUACCGGAGUACUACGUGCUGUGGCUUUGCACGAUAUGGGUGUGCACAGACCUGGUCCGGUACUGCGGUCAGAUCUGCCUGGAGAUCUGCGCGCACCUGCACAUCCGACUCUUCCGGAUCGCACCCGCACCGCCCGCGCCCGCGCCGCUGCCGCCCGGCCUCAACGCGAGCAGUGACAGCGAGCCGUCCGACACUGAGGACACCUCUCCCUUGGCGCCAAACUCUCACAAACACGCGUACGCGUAUGACAAUGUGUUAAACAACAAUUUGUGAUUUUAAUUAUUCAUUUAACAUUGUUAGUUCAUUGUAGUUUUCAAUAUCUCAGUGUAGCUGAAAAGAGAAUCGAAGUUGAGGAUAUGUUAUUUCUGUCUAGUAACAUAUUGCUAGUUUGACGUCAUAGUAGGAUACAAGUUUUUUGACAAACAUUGACAGAAUAGCAGAUCCUUUGCUCUCGAAUUUAGUUUAAGCCGCGCUAGCUGUAGAAGAAACACAUUGUUAUUGUUGAGGAUAACCGUAUGAACAAAAACUAGUGCAUUGAGUUAGCAGGUACAUUAGUUUAUCAGCAAAACCAUUUACGGGAUAAUUUAUGUAAUUAAUUAGUUUGAUACACGUGUGUAUGUAAUAGAUAAAACUAUUUAAUUACAUAAAAAAACAUGUAGAACAAAAUAGUAAGAAUUACACCGACACCUACUGAGUGUCAGCAGAUUUUUUUUACAAUUCUCGAAAAUCUGCUGUCCUCAAUGAACCUUGAUCAAACUCGAAUAAAAGAGCGAUAAUUAAAUUCAGAAUCCAUAUUCAUCACUAAGAUUAGUAAGAUUAUUAAUCUCUGAAGCACCCAGUAAGUAAUAAAAACAUGGGACAUUACAAUAAACAAAGAGUAGGCUCUAUUUACUAUGUUUUUCACUAUCCCUGUGGUGAGUGCAUGGUAGAGUACGAAUAUUCGCUACAUAUUAUUUGUAAAACUUGAAGAGGCGCAUUUAAUUAGAUCAUAAAUAAUAAAUAUUUUCAAUGGGUAUUAGAGCAUGUCUGUAUUUAUGGUAAAUUCCUUUUUGUAGUUCAGUAUUGAAUGGUUUUAGUUAAUUUUAAUUUAUGUUACACAUUAAUAAGUACAUUGUAUUAAAUAUCAGGUGUUUGUUGAAUUAAAUAAGCUGGAUGGCUUACGCUAAAUAACAA